GUUGUAUGGCCCCCUCCAGCCAGCAUAUCUCCAAGGACUGUCAGCGAUUCGGCUCCGGCCCGCAGUCGUCAUUGCCCUCGUGAACACAGGAGAGAGAGACGACGAGGCGAUGCGACCACAAUCGGCGUCGAGUCGCCAAGAGGCCGAGAUGAUGAACAAGGCCAAAAGGGAUGCUGCCGUCACUGGAGAUCCUCUGGAAAAGCUCAGGCUGCUCUGCCUGGCUCGGGGCACCGCGGGAAUACUGGAAUUCGGAAGGGUCUUCCGUCGCAUGGACGACGACGGCAACAAAACUCUCAGCUUUGAAGAAUUUUCAAAAGGAGUCAAGGAAGCAGGCUUAAACUUGGACGGUGAGUCGAUGAAAGAGCUUUUCGACAGGUUCGACAAAGACGGUUCAGGAAGCAUAACUCUCGAUGAAAUGCUACUCGCGAUAAGGCCACCUAUGUCUGAAGCUAGAAAAAAAUCUAUACAGGAAGCGUUUAACAAGUUGGACAAGACGAAAGACGGUGUUAUUACAAUUGACGACCUGAAGGGUGUCUAUUCCGUCCAGAGAAACCCAAAAUAUCUUUCUGGAGAAGAAACGGAAGAGCAGAUCCUCAAGAAAUUCUUAGCUAAUUUUGAGAAGGGCGACACUGACGGGAAGGUAACAAAAGAAGAGUUCUUCGACUACUACUGUGGGAUUUCUGCAUCGAUAGACUCCGACGUCUACUUUGACCUGAUGAUGCGACAGGCAUAUAAGAUGUGAAAAAAUAAAGUAACGGAUGCGGAAUUUCCGUGUUGUAAAAUAAAUCCUUAACAAGAACCUUACGAUAAAAAAAAAAAUAUUAUUUUAAAAUAAGUCAAACAUUAAAAUGGUAAUUA